AUGGCGUCCAAGGCCUCGAAUGCCGGUCUGGAGGCGAAGACGCCGCGCAAAAGCCGCUCUAAGAGUCGUUCUAAGAGCCGUUCCCCAGGUCCUAAAGGUCGAUCCAAGCAGGCCGAGUCGAAGGCCAACGAUUACCGCUCCGAUGGCGUUAAGGACUACGAUGUCCUCAAUCUGCCAGUAUCAGACUAUAAGAUAAUGCUUAUUAUUACUGCAAUUGCAACGGUAGUUCGCCUGUUCAGGAUCUAUCAGCCUACCAGUGUCGUCUUCGAUGAGGUCCAGGCACUCUACAGCUUCGGAGGCUUUGCUACAAAGUAUAUCAAAGGCAAAUUCUUCAUGGACGUUCACCCGCCAUUGGCCAAGCUUCUUAUCACCCUCGCUGGUUACCUCGCCGGAUUUAAGGGAGAUUUCGACUUCAAAGAUAUCGGAAAGGAUUACCUGGAACCCGGUGUUCCUUAUGUUGCUAUGCGCAUGCUUCCCGCUAUUAUGGGUAUAAUGACGGUUCCAACGAUGUUCCUUACCCUAAAAGCGACUGGUUGUCGUACUUCUACUGCAUCAAUGGGUGCCUUACUGGUUACUUUUGAAAACGCACUCGUCACCCAAUCUCGAUUUAUCCUUCUGGACUCUCCUCUUAUCAUUUUCACCGCCUUGACCGCCCUGUCCUUCAUUUCGUUCUCAAACCAACAUGAACAAGGCCCUCCCAAAGCUUUUGGAUGCUCGUGGUGGUUCUGGCUUGUGGCAUCAGGCCUGUUCCUAGGAGCUACUGCGAGCGUAAAAUGGGUUGGUCUCUUUACCAUUGCAUGGGUUGGCUCUUUGACCCUUGUUCAACUUUGGGUUCUUCUCGGUGAUCCGAAAACUGUUACCCCACGCAUCUGGUUUAAACAUUUCUUCGCGCGUGCCUUUGCCUUGAUUGUUAUCCCUGUUGGCUUCUACAUGGCUAUGUUCGGUGUCCACUUCCUGUGUCUCCGAAACCCUGGUGAAGGCGAUGGAUUUAUGUCCUCUGAAUUCCAGGCAACCCUUAACUCAAAGGGCAUGAAUGAUGCGCCAGCAGAUGUCGUGUUUGGCUCAAGAGUAUCGAUCAGACACCACAACACCCAAGGAGGUUAUCUACACUCGCACAGCCACAUGUACCCAACCGGAAGUAAGCAGCAACAAAUCACCCUUUACCCCCACAAGGACGACAACAAUGUCUUCAUUCUGGAAAACCAGACCCAACCACUGGGACCCUAUGGUCAAGUUGCCGGCCCACAUGCAUGGGACAACAUUACUACGGAGAACAUUAUGGAUGGUAGCACCAUCAAGCUCUACCACAUCGCUACCGACAGACGCCUCCAUUCCCACGAUGUUCGCCCUCCUGUCACCGAAGCUGAUUGGCAAUUCGAGGUCUCCGCGUAUGGUUACGAAGGUUUCGAGGGUGAUGCCAAUGAUCUCUUCCGGGUAGAAAUCGUUCCUUCCAUGUCGGAUGGGGUAGAGGCAAAGAAGAGACUGAGAACUAUCGAAACGAAGUUUAGACUGAUACAUGUGAUGACUGGUUGUGUUCUGUUCUCGCACAAGGUGAAACUCCCUGAAUGGGGCUUCGAGCAACAAGAAGUUACUUGUGCCAAAGGCGGUUCACUUCCCAACAGCAUCUGGUACAUUGAGCAGAAUAGCCAGCCAGCUCUCCCUGCCGAUGCUGAGAAAGUGAACUACAAGAUUCCUGGUUUCCUAGCCAAGUUCUGGGAACUUCACAAGGUUAUGUGGAGGACGAACGCUGGUCUCGUUGACUCUCACGCCUGGGACUCUCGCCCGCCAUCCUGGCCUAUUUUGGCUCGCGGUAUCAACUUCUGGGGAAGACAACACCGCCACAUUUACCUCAUUGGCAACCCAAUCAUCUGGUGGACUUCUACUGCCGCAAUUGCAAUCUGGGUAGUCUUCAAAGGUCUUGCCGUUCUUCGAUGGCAGCGUGGCUUCAAGGACUAUAACUGCGUUCACUUUAAACGCUUCGAUUACGAGAUUGGUCAAACCCUUCUCGGCUGGGCUCUCCACUACUUCCCAUUCUAUCUCAUGGCCCGCCAGCUCUUCCUCCACCAUUAUCUCCCAGCUCUCUAUUUCGCCAUCCUCGCAUUUUGUCAAAUGUUCGAUUUUGCCGCUAACAGGUUCACCAAGCCAUCCGUUUUCGGCAAGCUAUUCAUUGUUGCCUUCUUGACCCUAAGUGUUGCCGCUUUCGCCCUCCUUUCGCCAUUGGCAUAUGGCAAUAUCUGGACUAGGGAUAUGUGCCAAAAGACUAAGUUGUUGACAACCUGGGAUUUUGAUUGCAACCUAUUCCAUACUGACCUGUCCCAAUAUUCCACCCCUGAGGUCAUUGAUAGCCCGGUAGCCGCAGAAACGCCCGUAGCAUCUUCACCCGCGCAGCAACAGCAACAGCAACCUCCCCAGCAGGAGAACCAAGUCCCUAUUCAGCUAGAAUCUGUCGAGGUUCCACCUUCCCCGAAGGAUGGAGAAAUUCGUAAGAUCCGACAAGUCGAGUACCGCGAUCAAGACGGCAAUAUCCUAAACGAGGAACAGGUUAAGGCCCUGGAAUCGCAAGGAGAGGUCUCGUUCGAGACCCGAUAUGAGACUCGAACUAGACUGAUCGACAGCCAGGGUAGUGAAAUUCCAAAAGAAGCUCUCAUCGCCCCUGAACACCCUGAUGUUCAAGGCUCUAACCCCGAGACCGUUGCCAAGAAUGCACCUGAAGUGCCAGCCGACAAACCUGCUGCCGUUGAGGGCGAAGAACAGUCGGUACAGAGGGAAGAGGGAAAGCCUAAGCCAGCCAGCGAGGCUAAUGCUGCUACAAACUAA